UCCUGGAAACCGUCAAAAAAGGAUAUCGAUGCAUUUGCCUCGGCCUGUCGUGGAUUGCCGAUUAUCGCCUCAAUCCGAGUCCGGGAUGUUUCUGUUCGAACUCGUCGUGGUGCAACCCUUCGAUCUGAGUUUGAAUACUUCCGUGACCUCAUCGAUGCCCCCAUUGACGUCAAAUCAGAGUACUUGCGCAUACUUCGCCGUGCCUAUAUGUCCGACUCAUCUGGAGUCCCUCCACAUAUAGCCACGAAGUAUCGUCAACUAGUUGGCACAAUCACUGUGGCAUUUGAGCCACUGAGUGUGUUCUCCAUGUCGCAGCUAUUAGGAAUUGCUGAGGAAGAGGUCCUAGCCGUAUUGGAACCAAUCAGCUCAAUUGUCGAUCUUUCUGAAGAAAGUGGCUUGGUGUCAAAUUCUACCAUGCAACGAUGAAAGAGUUCAUAACGGGGGAAUCGAUUGGUAAUGAAAAUGACAAAGUAUUCUUUAUCAAGGACUUGUGAGCAGGAUGUGUUCGGGGAGCCCACCAUUCUCCCUUUAGGGGAUAAACGAAAAUGGAGCGAUUUUCUGGAGAGAGAACGUCAUCGACCCCAUCAUCUCCGAUAUACUCGUCAACAUUUAUUAGAACACUUAGACCCCUCACAGCUCUUUGCACAAGAGUCCAAUUUGCAGGAUGAGGUUAACAUAUUCCUCACGCGAAACUUGGUUACAUUUAUCCACCUCGCACACAUCGAUGAACGAAGCAAGGGAUUCCCUAAUGGAUUUGAUGAAUUCAAGGCAAUUUUGAGAGAAGCUCGAGAAAAGCAAUUUGUGUCGUAUUCGGAUUGGGAGCCUGGGAUUAAUCGUGUAAUUUCCUGGGAACCAUGGCACCUUCAUCGAUCAACCCUUCCUUUCACCCCAAUGUCAUCACCUUUCCACAAAUUGUAUGGCCACCUCUCCGAUCCCAUCCGAAUCUUCACUAUUUCCGGCAAGUUUUCUGGACACACAAUUCCGUUGAGUGAAGAUUUGCUCAAUGCUCAAAUGGUCAUGGAGGCAAAGCUACCUAAUUUGCCAAAGAAGGCUGAUAGUCAAUAUAGUCGGGUUGUUGGGAUUGAUUAUGAUGCCCAAUUCAACGACCCUGAUGUUCGUAAUGGUAUUGUGACAUGUGCAGCACUCUCCCUCGAUGGUCAUCAUAUAGCUCUCGGUUUUGGCAGCGGUGCCAUUGAGCUUGCCGAUAUCGACCAUCAGCGCACGAUUUCCCGAUUCCAGCUCAAUCCACCCAACCAUCCAGUCUGGAUCGAAUUUGUCCAUGGCAGCCACCGAGUUGCUUCUGAGGAUAAUCGGGGGAACGUCACCAUCCUUAGCUAUGGUAUGACCCCUGUUAAUCUUGGUACUCUCCCCGACGGUUCUCUUCCUGCUGCAACUCGAGUAUCAGAUAAUGGGUUAUUUAUCAUACGAGUUCCAUGGAACACUGAUAACUUGUGGUACGACAACAUGACUCUCAUAUCCAUUCUGGACAACCCACACAUGCAGCUCCUUGCUUCUCCUCCUUCCCACUCGAAUUAUCCCCCUCACCGUCGCACGCCUGCUGUUCCUCACCGUCGCACGCUUGCUGUUCCUCACCGUCGCACGCUUGCCACCCCCCACCGUCGUACGCUCGGGUUUUCUCCAGGAGCACGUUAUAUCGGCGCUUUCGAUGGCCUCAGCGCUUUCACCUGGUCGACAGACUCGGGUGAGCUCAUUGCGCGUUAUCGUGUGAUGGAUUUCAAAUUUUGGAUUGUGAAUCCUGCUGUUCCCCCUGCCUGCUCUCAUCGGAUCCCUGAUUCUGUAUCCGCCCGACCUACCCUUCCCUUGACAACAGGUAUACAUGAUUCCAAAAUAGAUGCGGGGCAUGGCUUGGAUGAGUCUUGGAUUAAGUGCCCAUUUUAUGUGCUCAAGGAUGAGGGGGAUGAGGAUGAAUUUGAGGUCCCUUCGUCCGCUGCAGGAAAAACCCCACUGUUCCGAGCCCGUGGAUACGUCAGACUACCAGUGUUCUUCAAUGGCAGACUCGAACUCGUUGCUCCCCAGGAGUAUCAACCAGUUGGUUUUUUUGAUGUCAAUGACACCAAACGUCUGGGCACCUGGUAUGGUGAUCAAGUGCCGCAGGAUCCUACUUAUUUGUACAGCCCUCGCUCCAGCAAAGAUGGGACUCGAAUUCUCCUCCAAGGCCAGCAGACAUCUCCAAUUGUUGUUGAUCUCAGCCAAGUCAUUUAGGAUGUUCGUGGUCAAUUGCAAUAUCUUCCUAUUUACUUUGCGCGUUCUAUCCAC